AUGAAAUACAUGGCAAAUAAGAACAACGUGACAGAGUUCAUUUUAUUGGGGCUGACAGAGAAUCCAAAGAUGCAGAAAAUCAUAUUUGCCAUGUUUUUUAUAAUCUACAUCAUCACUGUGGUAGGAAAUGUGCUCAUUGUGGUCACCAUCAUUGCCAGCCCAUUACUGGGAUCCCCCAUGUACUUUUUCCUGGCCUACCUCUCCUUCAUUGAUGCCUGCUAUUCCUCUGUCAAUGCCCCUAAACUGAUUGUAGAUUCACUCCGUGAAAAGAAGACCAUCCUGUUCAAUGGAUGUAUGACUCAAGUCUUCGGGGAACAUUUCUUUGGAGGUGCAGAGGGUAUUCUACUUACUGUGAUGGCCUAUGACCGCUAUGUGGCCAUCUGCAAGCCCUUACACUACACGACCAUUAUGAACCGGUGGAUGUGUGGCCUUCUAGUAGGAGUGGUGUGGAUGGGAGGCUUUCUGCAUGCAAUGAUACAGAUCCUCUUCAUUAUCAGACUACCCUUCUGUGGCCCUAACAUCAUAGACCACUUUAUGUGUGAUCUGAACCCUUUGCUCAAUCUUGCCUGUACUGAUACCCACACUCUGGGGCUCUUUGUUGCUGCCAACAGUGGUUUCAUUUGUCUGUUAAAUUUUCUCCUCCUACUGUUCUCCUAUGUGGUCAUUUUGCGCUCCCUAAGGGCCCACAGCUUGGAAGGGAGGCGCAAAGCCCUCUCCACCUGUGUCUCCCACAUCACCGUAGUCGUCUUAUUCUUUGUGCCCUGCAUAUUUGUGUACAUGAGACCCGCGGCUACUUUAUCCAUGGAUAAAGCAGUUGCUGUAUUCUACACUAUGAUAACUCCUAUGUUAAAUCCAUUAAUUUACACCUUGAGAAAUGCUCAGAUGAAAAAUGCCAUUUGGAAAAUGUGUUGUUUGAAAGCUACUUCAGGUGAUAAAUAA